GAGACAGUCUGUGACAAGCGCUCGAAGAAUUCGUAUACGCGUACGUCUUGUUCUUGUCGUUUCCGAACGAAAAACCGAUAUAUUUAUCUCGGUUUGAAACGAGAUUAGCAAAAUCCUCUGUUUCGCGUUAUUAAAUUGAAAAGUGAAUCGUAGUAGUAAACGCAGCAGCAGCAGCAGCAGCAGCAGCAGCAGAAUGGCUCCGCAAUUAAGCAAAUUCAUCGACGCCAGCUGUAAAGAAUUUUCUCACCCUUGGGUCGACUCUUGUACACGUGCAACGACUGGCCUCGGUCUUAACACGCUUCAAGAAUCGCUGAGGAUUUACUCCACGGUCUACAUAGUCGCAUUUUUAAUGAGAGGCAAGGUGCCGUCUAAAGGUGACGUUAAAAAAACCGUGCUCGGUAUUUUACAAUCGACUGCCUUUCUUUCUUGGAACGGUUUUGCCUAUUCCUUCUUCGUCUGUUUUCUAAGGCGAGUGCUCGGACAUUUCAAUAUCCUGACUGUGUCGUUCUUUCCCGCUUUUCUGGCCAGUUUUACAGCUAUUCUCAUCGAAAGGCCUUCUCGACGUACUCUGUUAUCUUUAUACGUAUCCAAUAUCGCAUCAGAGACAUUGUUUAGAAUGGGAGUCUCGAGGGGGUAUUGGCAUCCAGUCCCAUUUGCUGAAACAUGUAUUUUUGCUAUAAGCAUGGCAGCGUUGCUUUACUAUUAUCGUUCCAAAACGAGCAAGUCAGAUCCGGUAUACAAGAUACUCAGACUCGUCGUUGGAAAGUAUGAAGAUGCUGAAUAUCUUGAGAAUCCGAGCUGUGAGAUACAGGAUUCAAGCGAAACGGUGAAUAGGUGCAGGAAUGAUUCGGUAGUAAACUCUCCAGCGAGAAAGGAUAUAAACAUAUUUAUGAAAUCUCUGGAAGCGUACGGAAAUCUGUUGGCCAGAUUAAAAGUUAAGAGUAAACGGAGUUGUUGUCCACAUCCUUUCAGCUGCAUUCAUUACAUAUUGAAGGGAGGUGUGCAGGUAUUCGGCUAUGCCUUCGGUGGUCAAUUAGUUGUUAAUCUAGUCUUCGGUGUUGCGAAAUUAAUUAAAAAGCCAACGCUGUUGAAGUCAAUGAUCGUGAAGAAAGGGAAUCUGUAUCUGCCGAUAUUUAUAGGUGGUUUCGCAGCGCUUUACAGACUCGUGUCCUGUUCGUUGAGGAGGACGAUCCAAAAAGAUUCUCCUUACUUUGCGUUUCCCGCUGCACUUAUCGGUGGUCUGACGUUCACGACCUACAAAAGUAACACGAUAAGUUUGUACUUCAUGUGGAAAGCUUUGCAGUUACUGUGGUACGAUCUCGCGGAGAAAGGGAUAGUGCCUGAAGUGAAAUGGUUCGCAAUCUUUCUAUAUUGUUUCAAUACAGCUGUAGUCUUCCACGCUGCGAUCGUCGAGCCACAAAACCUGAGGUCUUCCUACUGGAAAUUUUUACACAACGUAUCGGGUGGAAGAAUAGCGGCAAUGUCACGAACACCGAUAGACAAGUUCGGAUUGAACACGUCUAAACAUCUCGCAGACGUGCUUAAAGCAACCAACACCACGGACAAAAUGAUUUUCCAUUUUUAGUUUCGUCGACGACGAAACUCUUCCGAUAGAGAAGAUAACCUUUAGUUGUGCCGAUAGCCGGCGGUGAUGGAAUGUUACGGAGAAUGGAGAAACGUGUAAAUGAAGGGGUAUUAGUAAAAAAUAAAGGGUGAUGGGCUUGAACAAACCAUGCACGUACCACGUACGGAGGAACAAGUGAGAGGAAGUCUGUAUGCGCCGUUCGAACCCAACCGGAUAAGCCGGAUUAAUCGAAGAUUCCGAAUGGAGAGUUGACAACCGAGCGAGUGCACUCGACGACUGUACGACGAAUUGUGUGAAUUACGCGGCGGCGGCGCGAUGAUACUCCGUGUACAUAUAUGUCUGUAUAAAAAUUGGUAUAUAUUUUUGUUAAAACUGAA